UCAGUUCAAAUUCAAAAGCUCUCUCAGUCUCAGCUACUCACUCAAGAUUCACCUGCCACUACUACUAUGCCAAGUUGUGGUGCGCUCAAUGUGCUCGAGGAUGUUGUACUUCGCUCUACCGCUAGCUCUUCUUCUUCUGCUACUAGUCUUGGACCCAACGACGUCGUACUCGCCGUCUGGUCCACACAUCGCCGAUGUAAAUAUACUCUUGCCCCCCAAAAUGACUCAUCCUGUGGAGUACAGGCUUCAAGGAAGUGAUGGUUGCUUCAAGUGGUCCUGGGAUCAUCAUGAUAUUCUAUCGGUGCAACCCGAGUAUAAUUCAAGUAGUCACUGCUCGACAAGCGCGCGGCUGAGGUCGAUUGCUCCUUACAGUGGUCGAAAGGAGACUGCAGUUUAUGCUGCUGAUGUGCACACUGGGACUGUAAUUCGUUGCAAAGUUUUUAUCGACAAUUUCUCUAGGAUUCAGAUAUUUCAUAAUUCUAUCAAGCUUGACUUAGAUGGGCUUGCUACCCUUCGUGUCCGCGCCUUUGAUAGUGAAGAAAAUGAUUUCUCGUCACUAGUGGGCUUACAGUUCAUGUGGCACCUGAUGCCUGAAACUGAUGGAUUGCCUCAUCAUCUUGCCCAUGUUCCUUUGAAGGAUUCUCCCCUAAGCGACUGCGGUGGAUUGUGUGGCGACUUAGAUAUCCAAAUAAAACUUGAAGAUAGUGGUGUAUUUUCAGAUUCUUUUGUUGUAAAAGGAGUCGAAAUCGGCCAGGAGAUUGUUGCUGUGCAUUUGCUUGAGCCGAGAUUAAAGCACAUGGCUGAUAGGAUUACUCUAACCGUAGCAGAAGCCAUGUCUCUUGAUCCUCCCUCACCUGUUUUUGUUCUCAUUGGUGCUACUGUUCAUUAUACCCUAAAAGUUAUCCGUGAGAAUACUCCCCAAGUGGUGGCUUUACCAUCUCCACAUCAUCGAUGGUCUGUUUCAAACUCUUCGGUUGCUCAAGUGGACUCUAUGAUGGGAUUAACAAAUGCACUGGGUUUAGGGGUAACAACUGUUGUGGUUGAAGAUACAAGGGUUGCUGGACACAUACAAGUUUCAUCACUUAACGUUGUCGUACCAGAUACUUUACGUUUAUACAUAGCUCCGUUUUCUGCUUCUGGUGAUCCUCUUGAAGGAGCAGAAGUAAUUCCACCUGUGGCACGUUGGUAUGUUGUUUCUGGCCGUCAAUAUCUCAUACAAAUGAAGGUUUUCUCACGAGGACCUGGUGCACAAGAAAUCUACAUUACAAAGAGUGACGAUGUUAAGUUGUACGAUAACCAGUCUGAGUACUGGAGAACUUUCAUGGUGUCAGAUGAUAUUGCAGUCAAACAUGGCUGGGGCAAUUCUAGAAUCUUGAAAGCAACUUCACAGGGACUAGGAAAAUUGACGGCUUCUUUGGCAUAUCAUAGCGGGUACCAAGAAAAAAAAGAGGUUCUCAAGGUUUUGCAGGAGGUCAUGGUUUGUGAUCAAGUAAAGUUUAGUUUGGAUCAAAGAAGUGGUAUAGCACAAAGCAUUCUCCUUCCCUGGGCCCCUGCUGUUUAUCAGGAGGUGGAGCUAAGGGUUACAGGAGGUUGUGCAAAGGCAUCUAGUGACUAUAAAUGGUUUUCCUCAGACGCAGCUACUGUAUCGGUAUCUGCUUCAGGGGUUGUCCAGGCCAAGAAGCCUGGUUCAGCUACUGUUAAAGUGCAAUCUGUUUUUGAUGCAUUGAAUUAUGAUGAGGUGGUGAUUGAAGUUUCCAUCCCCUCAUCUAUGGUUAUGCUUCAUAGCUUCCCUGUAGAGACUGUUGUGGGAUCACAUCUUGAAGCUGCAGUGACAAUGAAAGCAGCCAGUGGCUCCUAUUUCUAUAGAUGUGAUGCUUUUAGAUCCUUUAUUAAGUGGAAAGCUGGACGCGAGUCUUUCAUUAUCGUCAAUGCUACAGAGGAGAAACCUGUCUUAGGCAUGCUGGAAAAUGUUGGGCAAAUUGCAUCUUUAAGUGGUCCUCCAUGCUCUUGGACCUAUGUAUAUGCUUCUGGUCCUGGUCGAGCUAUGUUGUCUGCCACUCUGUUGAAAGAUUAUCACCACGUUGAUAACUCUUUACAUGGGUCUAUUGUCUUAAAAGCAUCUUCAUGUAUUGCCGCCUACCCACCACUUAUCGCUUGUCAGGCUAGGGAUGGAAGCCAAUUUGGUGGUUAUUGGUUUGAUUUGGCUCAAGCAGAAGCUGAUAAUCUAUUGGAAAAUUUGGAUAAGUUAUAUCUUGUUCCUGGAACACAUUUAGAUAUCAUGCUUCUUGGUGGACCUGAACAGUGGGACAAAGGUGUUGACUUCAUUGAAAAUGUGGAAAGUUUGGAUGAAGGGCACAAUCACAUUCAAAAUGGAGUUCUUGUGCAUCAAAUAUCUGGCAAGAACACAAGUGUGUACAGCGUUGUAUGUGAAAAGCCGGGAAACUAUAAACUUGUUUUCAAACGUGGUAAUUUGGUUGGGGAUGACCAUCCUCUGCCGGCAAUAGCAGAAGUUUUGUUGUUACUUUCGUGUAGCUAUCCUUCUUCAAUUGCACUAAUAGCUGAUGAACCUGUAAACAAACGCGGUGUUAUAAGGACUGCAAUUCAAGCUGACCGCAAUUCCGAGCAAAUUCGAGUCACCCCUAUUACUGUGGCAAAUGGACGCAUUGUUCGAAUUGCUGCAGUUGGCAUAAGUAACUCUGGAGAAGCUUUUGCAAAUUCAUCUUCUCUUUGUUUGAGGUGGGAACUAAGCAGUUGUAAUGGGCUAGCUCACUGGGAUGACACUUUUGAUUCAGAUAGGUCUAAAUGCAGCUGGGAGAGGUUUUUGGUCUUGCAAAAUGAACCAGGACUGUGCAUAGUUCGUGCUACCGUUAUUGGUUUCCUUGAUGGUGUGACUGAUCAUUAUUCUGCUCAACUGCUAGAAAGUUCAGAGAAUGUUCUUACAGAUGCGAUACAAUUACAGCUUGUUUCUACUAUUAGUAUCAAACCGGAAUUCAACUUGUUAUUUUUCAAUCCUGAUGCUAAGUUAAAUUUGUCAAUUAUUGGCGGAAGCUGUUUCUUGGAGUUUUCUGUGAAUGAUCCUCGGGUAGUAGAAAUUGUUCCACUCCCACCGGGCUUAAAAUGCUUACAAUUGAUGCUGUCUCCAAAAGAGUUGGGUAAUGCACUUGUUACAGUUCAUGAUAUUGGGCUUUCUCCUCCAAUUUCAGCUUCUGCUGUGGUUCAAGUUGCAGAUAUAGACUGGAUUAAGAUUACGUCACAAGAGGAGAUAAGCCUUAUGGAAGGAAGCUCUCAAACUAUCAACAUAAUGGCUGGGAUUAAUGACGGAAGUACUUUUGACUCUUCUCAGUAUGCUUACAUGAAUAUUCAUGUACAUAUUGAGGAUCAUAUAAUUGAGCUCAUAGACAUUGAUGACACGUCAAGUCCUCGUGAUGGAUAUGUGAAUGUGAAAGCGCCAAAUUUUAAAAUUAUGGGUACACAUCUUGGGAUUACAACUCUUUAUGUCAGUGCUUCACAGCAAUUUGGACAUGAAAUUUUGAGUCAACCAAUAAAGAUAGAAGUUUAUGCACCACCAACAAUUCACCCUCCAGAUAUUUUUCUGGCACCAGGUGCAUCGUAUGUGCUUACUGUUGAAGGAGGUCCAACCAUCGGUGUAUAUGUCGAGUACGCUAGUAUGGAUGAUGGGAUUGCAACAAUUCAGAAGUCUUCGGGACGAUUGUCUGCAAAUUCACCUGGCAAUAUUACUGUUCUUGCCACAUUUUUUGGCAAAGGAGAUACCGUGAUUUGUCAAGCAUAUGGCAGUGUUAAAGUAGGAAUUCCUUCUGUGAUGAUUUUGAAUGUACAAAGUGAACAGCUUGGUGUUGGCCGUGAUAUGCCAAUAUACCCUGUGUGUCCUGAGGGGGAUUUAUUUUCUUUUUAUGAGCUCUGCAAAAAUUAUCAGUGGACUGUAGAAGAUGAAAAGGUGUUGAGUUUCCACGUGUUAGAGCAUUUAUAUGGUGAGAAGUAUGAAUCUCCAAUAGCUAGUUCAAAAGAAGUUCAAUUCACUAGUUAUUUGGAUGAGAAAGAGCUUGGUUUUGUCACGGUUUUGCAUGGAAGAUCUGCAGGCAGGACAAACGUCAAUCUCACAUUCUCAUGCGAUUUUAUAUCUCCCGGUUCUAAUUCAGGGUCAAGGUUAUAUAUUGCAUCUGUGUCAUUAUUGGUGGUGCCUGAUCUCCCUCUUGCUCUUGGAGUUCCCAUAACCUGGGUUCUUCCUCCCCAUUAUACUACAACAAAUCUAUUGCCUUCAUCUUCAGAAUCAUAUGGCCAAUGGGAUAGUCAGAGUUGGAAGGGAACUAUUGUAUAUUCUUUAUUAAGAUACAGUGGUGAAAAGGAGGCUCUGCAGAAAGAUUCAAUUUCCAUUCAUGGGGCUAGGAUAAAGACAACAGACAGCAACAAUCUUGCAUGCAUUCAGGCAAAAGAUCGCACAACAGGAAGAAUUGAGAUAGCAUCUUGUGUCCGGGUUGCUGAGGUGGCUCAAAUAAGGAUAACAAAUAAGGAGUUCCCUUUUCAUGUAAUCAAUCUUGCAGUUGGUGCUGAUCUUAGACUUGCAAUAAGCUAUUAUGAUGCUCUAGGAAAUCCUUUUUAUGAAGCAUAUCAUGCAAUUCUCGUUUAUGCUGAAACAAACUAUCAAGAUGUUGUUUCCAUAAACCAUACACGUUAUGAAGACGGAAAUAUUCAGCUAAAGGCAAUACGGCAUGGUAGAGCUCUCGUGCGAGUAUCAAUCAGUGGUUCACCGCUGAAGUCAGACUAUGUGCUCAUUUCAGUUGGUGCUCAUAUACAUCCUCAAACCCCAGUCCUGCACAAAGGAGCUUAUCUUAACUUCAGCAUAGAAGGUUUAAAUGAUCAAGUUUCUGGCCGGUGGUUCACUGCUAAUGCAAGUAUUAUAUCCGUGGACACAUUGUCUGGAAUAGCUGAAGCAGUUGGGGAAGGUUCAACCCAAGUUAUUUUCAAGGGUUCGAGUUUGGAACUGCGAACUACGGGUACAGUGCUGACAGGUAUUAUUAUUUCUGUGGGUGCUCCAAAAGAGAUGCUGACAAAUGUUCCUUUCCCCACAAAAGGAUAUAACUUCUCUGUGAAGUUCAGUAAUGCAUAUGACAAGAAAUUUGGAGCGAUUGGAAACAGAAAGGAAGUCCCAUACGACUGUAUUGUGGACCCUCCUUUUGUUGGCUAUGCAAAGCCAUGGACAGAUCUUGACACUGGUUGCUCAUAUUGCCUCUUUUUCCCUUACUCGCCAGAGCAUUUGGUACACUCUAUACCCAUGUCAAAAGACAUGAGACCAGAUAUAUCUGUGUCCAUAAAUGCUUCCUUGAGAGAAGCUAAUUAUGUCUCUGGAUCUGCAUCUGCUCUUUUUAUUGGAGGUUUUUCAGUAUUAGAGAUGGGCAAGAAUUUGAUGCAGUUGAAUCUGACACCAGACUCUAACAAGACAAUCAUAACCAUCUUGGGGAAUACAGAUAUUGAAAUCCACUGGCACAAGCAUGAUCUGAUGAUGAUCAGCCCCAUCUAUAGAGAAGAAUCUGGGAUCGGUGGACGUGCACAGUAUGAGAUCAAAGUGCUAAGAGACAAGAGAUUCACAGAUAAAAUCAUCAUUACUCUCCCAGCCAAUGGUCAGAGAGUGUAUAUAGAUGUUGACUACGAGCCUACCCAAAAAGCAGCUUCAGGAACUACAAUAAAUAAAACCCUUUGGGUAAGCGUAGUUGGCUGCUUGGCGCUGUUGGUGUUGACCGUGGCCAUCUUUAUAUGUUUCUUGGACAGGCCCAACAGACAUCAGCCAUCCACUGCUCUUCCUACUCCAAGUACCCCGGCACCUGUGACCCCCGAUCAUAGAGGCUCUGCUGUUCUGAACGAACAGUCUCCUCGAACACCUAAGCCUUUCGUCGACUAUGUGAGAAGAACAAUAGAUGAAACUCCAAACUAUAGGCAAGAGGGAAGGAGGAGAAAAAUCUUUAUAGGGGGUUUAGCGCGAGAGACAACGGAUGCACAAUUCGUCAAACAUUUCGGUAAAUACGGUGAUAUUAUCGAUUCCGUGAUAAUGAAGGACCGGAAGACCGGGCAGCCCCGUGGAUUCGGGUUUGUGACUUAUGCAGAUCCCUCUGUGGUUGAUCAAGUCAUUGAGGACACUCAUAUUAUUAAUGGGAAACAAGUGGAAAUUAAGCGGACUAUUCCAAAGGGAUCUAUGGGCUCUAGGGAUUUCAAGACAAAGAAGAUUUUUGUGGGGGGAAUUCCUACAACGGUGAAUGAAGACGAGUUUCGGGACUUCUUUUCACAAUUUGGAGAGGUGAGGGAACACCAGAUCAUGAGGGACCAUUCCACAAGUCGUUCACGUGGCUUUGGAUUUAUUACCUUUGACACAGAGCAAGCAGUUGAUGAUCUCUUGGCCAAGGGUAACAGACUGGAGCUGGCAGGAGCUCAGGUGGAGAUCAAGAAGGCAGAGCCAAAGAAGCCAAACCCACCACCUGCCCCGUCCAAGCGUUAUAAUGGUUCUAGGCCCUCAUUUGGUGGUGGGUUCAGAGAUGGCUAUGGUGGAUUUGGAGAAGGUAGUUUCAGUAGUAGUGGUGGUGGUGGUGGUGGUUAUAGGUCAAGUGCACCCUAUGGCGGCAGGAACAGUGCUUACGGUGGUAGUGAAUUUGGUGGUUAUGGAGGAUAUGGUGUUGGUGGUGGUGGUGGUGGUAUGGGGGCCUACAGGGACGAGUCCUACCUAGGCUACUCAGGUAGGUAUGGAGGAGGCUUUAGCAGAGGUUAUGAGCUUGGAGGUGGUUAUGGUGGACCUGGUGAGAGUUAUGGGGCAUAUGGUAGUGGUGGAAGUGCUGGUGGUGGUUAUGGGAGUGGCUAUGAUGCCAGUCUUGGUAGCGGCGGCUAUGGAGGGGGUAGUGGUUCCUUCUAUGGGAGUAGAGGGGGGUAUGGUGGUGCCGGAAGUGGUCGAUAUCAUCCUUAUGCAAGGUAGAAGUUAGAAGGUCGUUCAAGGAGAAAUUUUUAGGGUUGUAAGUGUACGAGCAAUUAAUGCGAAGUUGUCCCAGUUUGUAGCAUUGAGUUUUUCAAGCUUGUUGGCCUAUGUUUUUAGAUUCUUUGUUUUAUGAACGAGGUGCUUCGUUCCUUUCUUAUUUUCUUCAUUUGAAUGUUUACCCUUCUGUACAAGGAGUAAAAGAUAUAAAAGAUCGGAUUCAACUUA